ACUGUUCUGAUGCCAAUGCUGCACCCUGAAAGACAAUACACUGGGUUUAGAUUUUCUCUAGCGGAAAGACCGAGGAACGAACAGUUUUUCCACUCGAGUUCUCGUCAGGAAGUCUUCUGUCGUUUGUUAAAAUUUACUACUUGGCCACUGUUUACAGCCUUUAGGACAGUCAUGGCAGAUGAAAACACACUCUUUUGUGGUAAUUGUAAGAGAGACAUUCCUGAGGCAAAUUUUACCACCCAUGAGAUUCACUGUCGAAGAAACAUCGCCCUCUGUGACGUGUGCCAGGAGCCGGUGCCUCACUCAGAUCUUCUGGAGCACAAGAUUCAAGAGCACACUCGGAUUAUGUGCAAGUGUGGAUUGAAGAUUGAGAAGAAAUUUCUAGAUGUACAUCAGAGCUCUGAGUGUCUUCAGCGGCUCGUCCCAUGCCAGUACUGCGAACUGGAGCUUGUUUUCGGUCAGUCCAAAGAGCACGAGGAUUAUUGUGGAGCGCGCACCGAGCCUUGCCCACAAUGCAAUUGCAACGUGAUGCUACGAGAACAAACCGUGCACUCAGUCAUAUGUGGAAGCCUCACACCGCCCCAAGAGAGAAACAACAGCAAGACGAGUUGCAGUCAAGCAGAGCAACCACCUUCAGAUGCGUGGCUUGAAACACACUCCAUCCGAAAUCUCCUGAGAACCCAAGACAGAGGUUUUAAAAAUAAUAACAUCAGUGCAGCAGAACAGCAAUGCUUUCCUCAACCAUUUGACCCCCCAGGUUUCAACCCUUCAAGAGGAUUUCUGCCCUCUGGAGACGGGAAGAAUGCUUCUCAGAAAACAUCGUUUAGCCGCUUCUUGGAGCAGAGUGAUUUUCUGAGUGGAAGCAGCAGAGCAUGGCUACCAAACGCAUGCACAGAGGACGAGGAUUCAUCAGGUCUCGACUACAUGUUGGCUCUCAGCCUGCAGUGUGAUGGAGACUCAGUGGCUGGAGGCGCUGAGGGGAACGUGUGGCGUGAUCCCUGGGACCAAAAGAUCGAGAAGUCCAACACAUCUGUAAAAUCUUCACUUUCUGAGUCCAACUACAACCAUCCAGUCUUCAGUGGAGGGACAAACACGAGUGCUGUCCAGGCCAGCAGUCAGACAGACACCAUGCUGCCUUGUGAGUUCUGUGGCAAGCUGUUUCCUGAAGAUGACCUUAUUUUGCACGAGACUGGAUGCAGUCCCGCCUCUGCCUUUGCUUCUUUUAGCAAGCAGCCGUCUUCUCCAUCUAAGGAGGGCAGGAUGAGCCAGAAUACUUUAGGACCAAUGCAGAACAUUCCUAACACACUUGCAUCUAACAUUCCCACCUUUCCUCAGUCCAUCUCACCUGCCUCCUACAGCCCUCCAGCCAGUCCACUAGUGGGCGAUGUGGUUAUUCCAUGUGAAUUCUGUGGCGUGGCACUAGAGGAAUCUGUGGUGUUUCAUCAUCAGGAUAAAUGUGACAUGCACCCUGAUCUGGCUAAGCACCUGAAUAACAGAGCACAGGCAUCCAUCAGAAGACCCGUGAGCCCCAGCAAAGACUCCUGUGGAUGGAAAUCUGCAGAGUUUCCGAGAAGAAUAAAACACCAAGCUGACGUCUUGCAUGACGAUUUUGAUAUUUUUCGGGACACAGCGUCAGAUCAAAGCCGACCAAUGUGGCAGAGAGACGUUGGACUUCCAGAUCCAAUGAAGACGUCCAACUGUGACGAUUCUAUAAAACCCAGAGCUCAGCAGGGGGGAGCGCAUUUCUUUCCCUAUGACUCUGAGAGGCCUGGUUCUGCAUCAGUAAAAGUACCUCACAGCCCAGAAAACAAAGAAGGGAGCAGUAGCAGAGGGAACCCAUUAACUAAGGACCAGAAUGAUGAGCAGGAAAACGAGGAGUGAGAAAAUGGAUCUAAAGGGUAAAAAAAUCUAAACCCACCUCUUCUGCUUCAUAUUUUUUGCACAUUUUUAUUAGAAGUAUAACUAAGUGCCUGUGGGAACUUUAAUAUCUUACAGUUUAUAUUCUGAUAAAUUUUACUAUUAAUGUCUUAAGCAAGGUGAUUUUAUUCUACAGAUUCUGCUUAGUUUCCAAAUUCUGACAUUUGUAAUAUUCAGUCUGACCUAACCAGUUUAAUUUAUGAUAUUUUGUUACCGUAAAGUCGUAGCUCAUUGAAAACACUGAAAACAUCAAAAACAUGACUUUAAUUGUGUGGAUUUAUUGAGUCUUAUUCAUAUCAUGAUGCCAAGAUCGUUGUUUUAUUUUUGUUUCCACUCUUGAUUGUAGGUUCCUUCAGGUUAUCCCUUUGUCCUUCAAAGGUUUUUCAUUUCUAUUUAACACGAAGCACUUUUAUUUUUAUUUUAGUUUAAAAAGGGCUGGAGGAACAGAUUUAAGGCAGUUGUGCUUCUUGGACACCCCCCCCCCCCCCCCAAAGUAAUUGAAACUAACAUUUCUCAGCAUUUUUACAAUUUGAUUACUUUAACUAUUAGUCUUUAUUAUUAUUAUUAUUAUUAUCAUUAUUAUUAUUAUUAUUAUUAUUAUUAUUAUUAUUAUUAUUAUUAUUAUUGUGUAACAGUGUAGUAAUGUUUAUUUUUCUUUAUAAUUGUAACCUCUUGAUCCGAUUGUGACAUUCUUUUAACAUGUUUUAAAGCAAAGUGUAUUCUGUUUGGACCUUAGGUUGACUAAGUGGUUUUAUUGUUUGUGUAUUUUUGUUUGUAACACAUCAGUAAUCCAUAUUAAUUGUGCAGCUGCAGCUGAUUAAUUAUUAUUUUCCUUCUUUUAUUAUCGGUGACCCUAAACAGCUGCAGCUUAUCUGUGAGAACGUUUGUUGUCAUGUUAAAUUGGGCUUUCGUUGCGCCGCUCAAUGCUUCUGUUGAACAACUGAUGCGGUGCUCCUUGUCUUGUGUGAUAAUUAAAGCAUUAAUUAAGGAUA